AUGGCCCCUAAGCAGAAACGUGAGACGGACGGCGAUUCAUCUAAGCCGCUCUCCGGUUGCGUUAUCACCGUCUGUGGCAAGUUCAAUCGAACACACCAGCAGAUCGAGAAGGAUAUCAAGACGCUUGGAGGCACCUACAAGAAAUCCUUCUCCGAGAAAAUUACGCACCUCAUAGCCACCCGGGAGUCGUACAAUAAGCCCUCCGACCUUGUUAAGAAGGCCAAAAAGCAGGACGGCUGUAAAAUCGUCGAUGUGAAAUGGCUGGAGAAGUGCUCAAAGUCCGGGUCGAAGGUCAACACCACACCGUACCUUCUCGAGCAGCAGGCCGAGAACAAAGAGGACAUCUCCGACAGUCAAACCGGCGACGAUGCCGUCAGUGAGUCCGGCAACGACUCUAGCGACGACUCUGGCGACGACUCUGGCGACGACUCUGGCGACGACUCUGGCGACAACUCUGGCGACGACUCUGGCGACGGCUCUGGCGACGGCUCCGGCGACGGCUCCAGCGACCAAAGGGCCGAGCCCUUGAAAACAUGUACAUCUAAAGACAUCUUGUAUGCGCGUGACAACGGUGCUCUUAUCGUCAGUCUAUCGUGGCUCAACGACACGCUCUACUUGAAGGAGCUUCAAAGCACUGACAAGUACGUCCUUCGAAGCAGCGAGAAGACGGGGUCGGAGGGCAGCCCGAGGAGGAGGACGUCCCCAAAGAGUAAUCGAGAGAGCCAAGAGGAAAGCAGUGAGGACGAGGAAGAGAGUGACGAAGAGCAGCACAAGCCUCCUACCCGUUCGACCACGCACAGAGCACGGAACAGACGCAUGGCAACGCCGCCGGACUCCGAAGGUCGUCGAUCCACCACACCCGCUAAGAAGCCGGGUCUGUUCUGGAGCACCAAUACGAAAAAGCUCCUCGCCAUGCCCCUGCACCCGCCCAAGGAUCCGGCACAAGUUGGAAGUAGUUUCAUCCAGCUUGUAUCCGAUCCGGACCAGAAGACGGGCUCGAAAAACAAACCACUCGACGGGCAGAUCGUGACCGAAGUGUACAGAGGGCAGCUUCUGGUUGCAGCACCUGGGUUGAACAAAGAAUAUCCGGAAUCCAUGAGAGCCUUUCUCGUGCAAGGCAGUCGCUAUGCAGGACACAAGGCAAGCUUUCGGCAACUCGGCAAAGUAGCCAUGCCGUCAGGCACGAAGGCUGACUUUCCGGGAAUGACACUGGACAAGAUGAAUGUAGUUCUUGUGGCAUCCGAUGAAGCCGAGAGGGUGUCCCUUGUGCUGUUUCUCGUUGAUGGUACGGAACAUCUGCAGCUUGCGUCUCGCACAACUCUGAACGACAUCCUGGGCAAUAAGAAGGGAGAUCAAAUCGUGAUCGGGAGGAGGAAAUUGGCCGGACAGAAUGUUCCAAAGAAGAUGAAGGCGAUCGAGGUUUCGCCUGAAGUGUGCGACAUGCUUGAGAGGAAGAACGACGGGGCGACUUCGUAG